AUGAGAUUAUCGAACACAUUUAGUUUGCCACUUCAAAAUUCGAGCAGUUCGAUUCGUGAGUAAAGCAAACGAAAUUUUGUUUUGGAACUUUUAAAGAUGCGUGUUGCACCUUCUGACUUUGAUUGGCCCAUCAAUUCCUCCAUCAAUUAUAUAUCCAAUGAAUUGGAACGCACUCAUUUGGCGCGUUCGCCGCAAGUGCUGCAAGAAUUGAAUUCCAUAACUGAGCCGUGGAAUGAAAUGGGUCAAGCGGAAGGUGCACGUCUGAAGCAGCAAUCAAAUGUGGAUCUCUAGGAUCAACAAUCAUCGUCAUCGUAUCCAAAUCAAAAUGCAAAGUUGUGAGUAACAGCAACACCUGUCGAGCUGCCUUUUUCACCUGGCAAUUAAUCAUGGAAACUCUGUUCCCCAAAAAUACUCCGUCGAAUAUAAUAAAAACAAACAAAACUAAAA